AUAGGAUCCUUUGAUCCUUUGAUCAUCUCACAAAUCAAAAUCACAACAACACAAAACACACAAACAGCAACACAAAGCUCAUACCCAACAAAAACAGUCUAUCAAGCAAACAAAGUAAACAAAACAUGUUGGACUACCCUACAAUCAACAACCUCAGCGGAUACCAAAGCAUCCGUGGCAAACGCCGCCUCUCCAAGUCCUUUCGACCAGGCCCCUUCGAUGUCAUUUGCGCCAGAGGAAAGGACGCCUAUGAACACUCGGGCAACCAACGAUUCCGCGCUCUGAUUGAACUCCACAGAGCCGAAUAUGCCGCCGUAUCAAACUGCAAAUACUUGAAGAGCAAAAUCGUCUCCAAGGUCGUCGCCACAGUCCGAUCCGCUUCGCCAGAAGGUGGCUUUGUCAAGCGCGGAAUGGAUGGAGUCUGGUUUGAAGUGGGCGAUCGUGCCGCCAAGGAAAAGUGCGGACAAUCCUUCCGAGACAGAAAUCCCAAUCUCUACAGCUCUUCUACAAAGGCAAAGGCCAUUGUACGACAACAGCGUCGCACUCAAGAAUACGAGGGAUCCGCAGCAGAAGCAACCAUAGCAACAGCACUUCCACUGACACAACAAUCAUCGACGCCUCCGUUGUUUGAAUACUCGACAUCUUCCAUUGUAUCCGAUGAGGAUUUUUCUUCUUCCAGUGACAGCGAGGAUGAAAUGCCACCAUCGCCCGCCAAGCAACAACAAAGAGUCUCAAUUGAAAUCGCACCCAUGAUGAUGAACAACGUUUUCCAACCACAACCACCACAAACCAUGCGAUCGGAGAGUCUCGAGGUCUUUGGUUGCCACAAAUUCCACUCGACAGAAACGUUUUCUCCAUCCAUCUUUGAGGAAGAACCAGCAUUGGAGCCAAUCUCGGACGACUCGGAAUCCUCCUUUGAGAGUGACUUUCUUUUCGACGAGGACAUGAAGCGUGACUUUUGUGAGGUCAUGGGUGUCAUGUUCUAAUAAUAAUACACUCCUCCGACCGGCAGAAGCUCCAUAAACUGAUCAUCUAAUUAUUAAAUUGAUUGGUCAACGACUUAUAUUUAUCUUGUCCG